AUGUCGGCCGUCGACUCCGAAUCGAGGCUGUCCGACAAGGACGAGUCGCAGCUGUCGGCUCCUCCUCCUCUCAGCGACCUGGACAGCUCCGACAGCGCCAGCGACAGUGGCAGUGACAGCGAGCCGGCAUCGUCCAGGCGGGAGCCCGAGCCUGUAGAAUGGCUCGCCACCUCGCGGUCGCGGCGGUCCACGGCCGGCAACCGCAUGAAGUCGAUGCUGGCCAACGAGGAGCCCGACUCGGACCUCGAGCUGCUGUUCGCCGAGUCCGACAAUGACCAGGGCUUUUCUGACGCCGGCGACGACGCCUCCGACGUCCAGAUGGACUCGUCGUCCGACGACGAAGACGACAACAAUGCUGCCGCCGACGAGCUCGAGGGCGAGCGGGAACUCGAGCGCCAGGCUCGCGAGCGGCGCGCGGCCCAGCGGAAGCGAAAGGCGCAGGACGGCAUCCCGGCCAAGUUCAGGAAGCGAGUGCGCAUCAACACCAACACGGACACGUCGACGCCCGCGCCCGCGCCCCGGCCCAAGAAGAAGUCAGAGCGCGCGUCUUGGCUGCCGUCGCCGGCCGACCUGCCCACCCGGGCGUCGUCGCGCAAGACGACGCGCAUGUCCAAGGAGCAGCUGCACCAGCAGAUGAUUGAGCGCGAGGAGCGACGGCUGCGGCAGCUGGAGCUGAUGCAGAAGAAGGCCGCCAGGAUGGAGGCGCUCAAGAAGCCGCCCAUGACGCAGGAGGACCGGCUUCGCGAGGCCGCCAUCGUGGAGAAGCGCAACAGCAAGAGCCUCAACCGCUGGGAGGUGGCCGAGAAGCAGAGGGAGGAGGAGCGGAGGGCCAAGCUGGCGGCUCUUAGCCAGAGGACGCUGCAGGGCCCGGUGCUCACCUUCUGGACGGGGCUGGGCGAGGCGCGGCGCGUCGUCAUUGAGGAGGAGAAGCCCAAGAGGAGGCGGAGUCCCGUCACUGACCCAGCCUUGGCCUCUGCAGAACCGUCACCCACGCCAAACUGCAUCAUCACAAACCUACCAGCCCGUUACCGCGACCCAAAGACCGGGCUGCCGUACCACAACGUUGCCGCGUACCGGGAGCUCCAGCGUCUCCAGCGCGGGGAGCUGAGCUGGAGCCGCAUCCUCAACGCCUGG